CAAAAAUGGCCCUAUAUAUCGACGUGGUCCUGGCAAAAUCUGAGGCCUUAUGUGGUGGGCUAAUCACAGCCUAGAGGCCCGACUCACAAAAAGGGGUAAUUUUACCGGGGGUUUUAUCAAUUGGGUUCCUUGGUGGUAAGUUCAAACUCAAUAAAAUUUGCUCAUUAAUCCUUCGUCCUCAGUUAUCUUUUUUGUUCUCACGCGCAACCAUGUCUUUUCUCACGCGCAACCACGACCACGGCGAGCUUUCCAAAUCAUCCAUAGGUUCGUAAUCACUGCCAGAAAAUGUUUUUUUUUCCUCUGAAUAAUUCUUCCCGCCCCGUUUUAGUAAUUGUUCUACAAUUGAAUAUACGAUCCUAUCAUUUUGCUUCUUUCGACAAUUUUCUCCUUGUAAAUCACUCGUAAUUCGGGUUCAAUUUCAUAUGAAAUCAAUAUUUCUCUCUGUUUCUCUGAUCACAUUCUGUUGUAUUUGUGGCUGGAAUUAUUCUUCCUCUGCUUGUCGUAUGAGUUUCUCAGAUCACUGUUGUGUUGAAUACUGCUGAUGAUCUUCUUUGCUCAACUCCAUACUUUCUUCCUUUUUUUGUUCUUUUCUUCCAAAACUUGGUAUGGCACUAAUUGUUGAUCGUGAUCGGGGUAGGGAGUUAGGGUUGCAAGAUGGAGAAGUGGACUUUUGUUGGAAGUUGGAACCGAGCGUUACUCUUACAGUUAUCCUCCGUCCAAAUGCAAUGGCGUUUAUAUUGAGCGUCAUCUAAGUUCAGCUUCUAUUUGUUGUAAAUUGUGAUGGUGUCCCACUCUCUGCUCAAUCUUUCCUUUAUAAUACUCACCGCGCCAAAGUUGCAUCUUCACCUCACUUCCUGAUCAGCAUUCUUCAUUUUUAUUACCAAAUGUGAUGUAUCCAAUGACUCAUGCUGGAAAUUCCACCCAUCAUCUUGUUUAUGUCCGAAGAAAACUGGAAUCAGAACAAUUACCAGGUACUAGUGCCUCCGUUCCUCCUUGUGGCACUGACAGUGAUGACAGCCCCCCACCCUGUUCUAUCAUUGAGCCCACUCAGAAGGAGGUGGAAGUGGAUGUGAAGGUUCCUUCUCAAGCUUCGCCAAAUUCUGAUUCGCAUCCAUUAGAAAAGAACAGUAAAUCUCCAGCUAAUGCUCAUGUUAACUGUAUCGUCACGAGUUCCGCCAUGUUGGACCCUCAUAAGCAUUGUUGGGAAGGGCGGAUUUUCCAAUUGAACUACUUAUUGAACAAACUGGACGGUUCAGAUCAAAAGGAUUAUAUUGAGAUGCUUAGGUCUCUUUCAUCUGUUGAACUUAGUAAACAUGCUGUUGAACUAGAAAAGAGGUCGAUUCAGCUUUCUCUGGACGAAGGUAAAGAGAUCCAAAGAAUUCAAGUCCUGGAUGUGUUGGAGAGGUACUCAAAGCCCUCUAUAGCAUCCUCAUCAAGUGAUCGAGCUCUUUCAGAACUGAGAUGAAGGUGGACAAAGCCAGUGACAUGGUAUACAUUCAGUGAAUUUGAUUGAACAAGUGUAGAGGGGAAUAAGUAUCAAGCCCUUCUGUAUAAUAGGCAUAUUGUUAUCCUCCUGAUUGAGGGGAGGGCAACCUUGAUGAUGUUGAAGGCACCUUAGGGAGAUGUUAACAUUGCAACAUUAAUGUAACUGUUAUUACUGUAAAGGCUAACAGCUUUGUAAUGUAAAGGCUAACAGCUUUGUAAUGUAAAGUUGUUCUCAUGAGUUGGAUUACAAGAAUUAUACAUGCGUGGCACUAAAAGUACAUACAUUUUGUUCAUAACGGGAUUACAUCCCAGGCAAAGUAAGAUACAAAAUAUCACAAUGCAUAUAAAGCAUCCCACAAUUACCCCCAUUAGCCGUUCGAGCUUGGACAACUCUCUAGAUCAUCUCAAAGCUCAAAACCCUACGGGAUCAGCUUAUCAUACCACUCUAUAUAACUCUAUAUUCAAGAUCCUUGACUCAGACACAUGUACAGGUGAAAAAACGGAAUGUCUUCAAACAGCAGCCUACUAUGUACAUCGACCCGACCUUAAAGAAGAAAAGCACUCUUCUCUAAAAGUCAUCCCCGCGAUAAUGAAGAAUAUGAAUGUAAUCCUGUACUAUCGGAUGUAAGUGGAAUUGGAAGAGGAAGUGGGUGGUGUUCAGAAUGGACUGAGGAUAAGAUCUUCUCUUGCCCUGGAGCAACAACUAACGUGGGCUCGGGCAUGGCCUCUAGCUCAGGCUUGGGUUUGUAGGUAAACGAAAGGUCUUUGUUGGCGGCAAGGGCAAGUAAUUCCUUCUCCUCAAGGCCUUUAGUUGGGCCAAGGCUACAGAAAUCACCACCGUACUUUGCCAAUGCAUCUUUGAAUUUCUUAAUCUGUCAAUAUCCGGAAAAUGUAGCAGUUUAGAUAACAAGCAGAAUCAUCGUCAACAGGCAACCACAGUUUAUGUCAAGAGAAAGCUAAAAAGAAAACAUCAAAUAAAUGCACAAUCACAACACACAUAUGGCUACCUACAUUCUCAAGGAAAAAGAUUUUUCCCUUAAAUAGUUGCUUGAACUGAUGCAAUGAAUGGGUGAAUAACUUGGGGUAAAGAUAAAGAAGAUACAGAAAUAAGCAAACAAAUACCGGGUGAUAUGUUAAGGGAUGCAGAUUGUUUAAGUUUACAUGUAUGCAGGGAAGGAAAAGAAACAAAAAGCUCAGAACGAACCGUAGCGUUAGUGCAGCUAAAGCUGCAAAGACGUCCAUGAGCGCCUCUGUAGAAACGGAAGAAGGGAAGGACAUGAACAUUGAGAGAGUAACACAUAGACUUGUGUGUCUCGUAAUUCACCUGAAGGAACAGCACAUCCGGGUUCUGACCCGCCAACUGGCAUAUCUGCCGCAUAUCCACAAGAAGCGUAAAAGACAGAUAAGUGCAUUUAACUUUUAAAUUAACACUGAUAAACCACGAAUGAGGAUGACCUCGGUAAAAGUAUAAGUUCUCUAAUCAACAAGUAAUCAUGAAUUUUAAGAAUAAAUGAUCAAACCAACUGUUGUCACUACAGGAAUACUGAAUGCGGGAUACCAAGAAAAAAAAAAAGGAAAAAAAAAAACAGAUCCGACUCUUUUAUGGAACAAAUUGUACGUUAAUAGGGAUAAAACAAACAGACCUUGGGAUGAAGAGCUUUGCAACCACCACAACCAGGGGAAAAGAAAUCAACAACAACAAGCUUAUCCCCAGCGUUCAAAAGGGAAUCCACGAGAUCCUGGGCACCCAAAACCUCCUUCAUGUUAGGUUGAAGACCUUUCUCCCACCAUUUUUGACCUUUCCCAAUUCCAAUAAUUCCAGUCUUCAUCUGAAAUGCAAACAAUAACAUUCCAUAACAAUUAACUUACCGAAAUCAGAAACAUGGUAUAAUCUACUGUAACUCAAAUCACAACCACUCUCUUCAUCUCCUAAUAGUCCACCUCAACGAAGAGACAAAUUCCAAAACCCAAGAAUAGUCGUUCAGAUCAAAAUUCACCCAAUUUGCAUCCCCCACACACACACACAGACAGAAAAGAAAGAACAAAAAAGAUAGAUGCAAUAAUUAAUGCAUCAAAUUUACAAAGAUAAUAAAAAGAUCAAGGAGAAAGGGAAAAGUGGCCGACCUGGGCAGAAAUGGAAAAGGAAGAAGACGACCUUGAUUGAUUGGAGCAGCGCUUGGCCCAUUUCCCACCGGAAAAGGAAUAACUAAAGCUGUUUGAGGAUGAUUGAGCUGGCGCCAAUCGGAGAGUCAAGCUCCGGUAUGUCACCGGAGAUGGUUUCUUGCGGAAAAGAAAAAAGCCCACCUGGCGGCGACGAUGAAGAUGAUCGGAUGAAGUAUUCCCGAAAGAUUUGGAGGGAAAAACAUUGGCACUUCUCACCAAGGCCUCUGCCAUGGUACUCCUUAGACUGGAGGGAAAAACAAAAAAAAUGAGAAAAGAGAAAAGAAACUGAAGAAAAUUUCUGGAAAUUUGGUAAAGGAUGCAAAACUAGGGAGAAAUGAAUUACGCAAAGAAAAGUCUUUUUGAGUGGAUAAAAUGGAGUUGGGCGGUGGGUUGGAUUUAUUUAAUAUUUGGAUAAUUUGGAUAUUUCAUCGUUUUGUUGUUACGCGUGGCGGCCAUCCAUAGUUUUAGUCCCGCUGGCAUUGUGUGAUACAUUUUUCGCACUGGAAAAUAGUGUGACAUGCUACGAGGUAAAAUCCGAAGGCCACGAUGGUAUGGGUUCGAUUCCCAGUUUCCCACCAACUGUCUUUUAACUUUCAAGUCCAUUUCCAACCCAAAAUUUUAAAAAUACUAUACGCAUUUUAAACGAGGUAUAUUUUUUUUUGCC